GUGUUUUUAUUACUGAUCACCUGAUUUUACACUUCCGGUUUCAGUGUGACGUGACGCGUAGUUAAACAUAAAUACAUUUGACUGAGUUUACUGUUUUCUGCAGUGAACACCACGUACGAUUUUCAGAGCUCACGAAUAAUAAUUUGUUUUAAAAAGAUGGAUAAUUCCGGGAAAGAGAAGGAGGCUUUGACUCUCAUGGCCGAGGCUGAUAAAAAGAUGAAAUCCUCACGAGGAUUUGGGACGUUGUUCGGAGGUUCAUCCCGCAAGUAUGAGGAAGCCUGUGACAUAUAUGUGAGGGCAGCAAACAUGUUCAAAAUGGCCAAGAAUUGGAGUGCUGCUGGCAACGCAUUCUCUCAAGCAGCACACCUUCAUCUGCAGAUGGACAACAAACUUGAUGGAGCCAUCAAUUUCCUUGAUGCAGGCAAUGCUUUCAAAAAAGCAGACCCACAGGAAGCCAUCAACUGCCUGAACCAAGCCAUUGAAAUUUACACAGACAUGGGCCGUUUCACCAUCGCAGCCAAACACCACAUAUCUAUUGCUGAGAUCUACGAGAGUGAGCUAUUAGAUGUUGAUAAGGCCAUUUGUCACUAUGAACAGGCAGCAGAUUACUACAAAGGGGAAGAGUCAAAGAGUGCUGCAAAUAAAUGCCUUCUGAAAGUUGCCACCUACACUGCCCAACUGGAACAGUACCAGAAAGCCAUUGACAUUUAUGAACAGAUCGGAACAUAUGCAAUGGACAGCGUCCUGUUGAAGUAUGGCGCUAAAGACCACUUCUUCAAAGCAGCUCUUUGUCACUUCUGUGUGGACAUGCUUAAUGCAAGGCUGUCUGUACAGAGAUAUGAGGAUAUGUUUCCAGCCUUCUCAGACGCUAGAGAGUGCAAACUGGUUAAGAAACUUCUAGAUGCAUAUGAGGAGCAGGAUGUUGACGCAUUCACUGAUGCGGUGAAGGACUUUGACUCCAUCUCAAGAUUGGAUCAGUGGAACACUACUAUGUUACUUAGGAUAAAGAAACAAAUACAGGAUGACGAGAGCGACCUUCGCUAAUCCCCUCCCCUUUACUAAUCAUCAUCAUCUCCCUCACUACUGCUGGAAAUUUAUCACAUCACAUUCCUGAAUAACUUACCAAUCUUACAUUUUUCUCUCUGAGUGGUUUCAUCCUUUAAUCACCAGGCAUUGAACCCUUUAGUGUUUCAUAACUGUCUAUCCACUUAUCAAUCUGUGUGAUGUGUUGUCAAGCAAUACCCCAGACCCCAAAGAACUACUGGCUAAAACCUGUGUAGAAUAGCACCAGGUAGAUAAAGGUGUAGCCUACUGUACUAGCUAGCCCAUCAAAUGAGGUGGAUAAUAACUUUGUUGUAGUUUAUUUCUGUUGUGUUGUUGUAGUUUAUUUCUGUUGUGUUGUUGUAGUUUAUUUCUGUUGUGUUGUUGUAGUUUAUUUCUGUUGUGUUGUUUUCUGUAAUAGUACCUCCACACAACUGUCUUAAGUGUUAAUGGUUUUAGGUCAUUUCUGACCUGGACAUUUCCAGAGGCAACAGUAUAUUCUACUAGAACAUACAUUAUAUGUCUUAAAUUGGUUAGUUCAUAAAAAAUUGUGUUUGUCAUUGAGGCUUCUACUUUGAAAUAUAUUGGUCAUUGCUCAAUUAUGCUGCUGUUGUGUUACCUAGUAGCAAAGUCUCAUCAACCAAAAAUGUGUUAGUUGCUAUCUUAUAUUGAAUUAAGACUUUGGAAGAGAUGGAACACAUGUUUUUAACUCUGAGUAUAAUUAUUUCAUUGGGUCUACUAGCAGCCAUUCCCCUUUUAAUCAUUAUUUCUUGAUCUCUGAACUGUGAACAUUUAGAAUUUUGUUUUAUUAUUAUACUGUAGAUACUAUGUUUGUUGUCAUUCCAAAGGGUCUCUUAAUUCUUCCACAGGAAGCUGGAUUACCUCCGUGCUAUUGGCAGAACUAGGAUGAUUCCAUGGAUUAACCUGUAUUAUCCCAUGUUUUUAUUUAUUUCACAGCUUGAUUAAACAUUUGGUUUUCAAUUGU